AUGACUUUAAUGUUUGUCAAAGAGUUUACGCAAAAUCUCUUGAGGUUUGUAAAUAUGGGUCGCAAUCGAUACCUGAAGAACAAUAGACUGGACGGCAAAGUAGUGGUCAUUACGGGCGCCAACACUGGGAUCGGCAAAGAGACCGCUUAUCAGUUGUCUCUGAGGGGCGCAAAGAUAAUAAUGUGCUGUCGGGAUGUGACCAAAGGUCUGACCGCCGCCAGAGAUAUAAAGGCAAAGAACUCGAGGGCAGAGCUCGAAGUAAUGGAAGUGAAUCUGUCGUCUCUUUCAUCUGUGAGGAAAUUUGCCAAACAAUUGACACAAAGAGAGCCCACAAUUGAUAUACUGAUUAAUAACGCGGGUGUUAUGAUGUGUCCGAAGGCCACCACUCAUGAGGGCUUCGAAAUGCAAUUCGGAACCAAUCAUUUGGGUCACUUUCUGUUAACACUAUUACUGGUCGAUAACAUGAAGACAUCGUCGGACGCGCGCAUAAUAACCGUCUCAUCAAUGCAUGCAAUGAGGGGUCAGAUCUACUUCUGGGACAUCAAUCUGGAGGACAAUUACUCGCCUCUGGAGGCCUACUGUCAGAGCAAACUCGCAAACAUUCAUUUCACGAGACAAUUGGCCCAACGGUUGGCCCAAAGGACAGACAAUCACAACAUUAAGGCCUAUGUCUUACAUCCGGGAACUAUUCGGUCGGAUCUGUUCCGCCACUUGACAGGUGUGACAGCAAUGGUCUACAAGACAAUUGGCUUACUCUUCAACAUUGAUGUCACACUCGGCGUCCAAACCACUCUUCACUGCGCUCUCGAUCCGGACUUAAGGCAUGAGACGGGCUUUUACUACAGGUCUGUAUCGGUUAUGUCUAUGUCUUGGCCGGUGAUUAAUUGCAUCAAAAUAGAGUGUCUUUUACGGGAAGCGAUGGAUGAGAUGACUGGACACAAGUUGUGGCAAUUGAGUGAACGAUUGGUGCAGUUGGAGGACAAGUAUAGGCUCUGAUCACCACUUCUUCACCACUUUGUCUGCAUUGCAUUAUUGGUGAUGAAAUCCAUGC